GACUCUUGAUUACCACGUCGAGGCCAUCGGACCGUAAGUGAAUGGGUAGGUAUUGCCCAAUGCGGCAACAACCGUAGGUAAACUUUUUCGUUUCCUCUGUCCAGAACCCAGUUUCACUUCUUUCUCUUCCUAAUGACUGCUACACACGACCAAUGGAGCGCCAUACUCUACCAGAGCGCAGACCGUGAGAUCACUCUUGUCGAUAUACCCACUUCGAUCGCCACCGCUCAAGGCCGCACUGGCACACUCCUGUCCACUUCACCGUUGGAAGAGCCAAUCCAGUCAAAGGAAGAAUACCAACCCAAGGCAAGCAAGAUCACAGGGAUUGCUUCGGCCGACACAGCGCGUUAUGAAGUAUACAAGUCAUUGAUUCAGCAAGCUCUGCUCGACAUCAAAGCUCACGUUCCUGGAUCAUGGUGCGCUCCCAGGCAGAUAUUUCCCCAUCUACCAAAAUAUGGCAAGGACGCAGCAGAAACCAAUGAUGUAGAAAGAGAGCUGGAGCAUCAAUUUCGAGAGUGGGCUGCUGGCGGGGAGAGCAGAGUCGACGACAACUCGUUCGACUUCCAGACGAUGAUGGCUUCUCUGGGUGCACCAGAGGUUCAACCAGCGAUUGCCGGAGAUAACGCACAGCGAUGGAUAAUGUCAUGUUUUGCAGCUAGAGACGCAGAUUUACAGGAUGGAACUGCAGCAGACUGGUCGCCUGCGUUCUACAAUGCAGAGAGUCAGACCCUGAACCUGACCAUCGCUCGAGCCGGGGCCGAGAAAGAGCAAAUGACUCAAGCAUACAACUUCACGGUUCCGCCGCUAUCCGCUUUCUUCCUCGGUGACUGCGACCAUCCAGACUCUUUUCGUUCGGCUUUCCGCGAGGUCACGAAUAAGCACAAUCUCCCCCGACACUUCGAUCUGGUCCUCCUAGAUCCGCCAUGGCCAAAUCGAUCAGCUAAGCGUAAAGGGGCGUAUGAGCAGGUUGGAGGCAUGCCAUACUUGAAGAAGAUGUUGUUGAAGAUGGACAUUGACAACUACCUCGAGCACAACGCUCUUGUCGGUAUCUGGAUCACCAACAAGUCAGCUCUGCGAGACCAUGUGCUUGGUCCAGGCGGUCUAUUCGAGACGUGGAAUGUUGGGCUAAUUGAGGAGUGGAUCUGGAUCAAAACGACUACCAAAGGAGAUCCCAUGUUCGAUAUUGAUGAUACCAUGCGCAAGCCGUAUGAAGUUCUACUUCUGGGACGAGCGGCACCGAAUGCGUGGACCACAAUGACACAUGCGUCAAGCCCUCGGAAAAGGGUCAUCGCCGCGGUCCCGGAUAUACAUUCACGGAAACCGUGUCUGAAAGAGUUGCUAGAGCCGUAUGUGCCGGAACCUACUGAUUACAGUGCGCUUGAGGUCUUCGCCCGAUAUCUUGUUGCUGGAUGGACGUCUUGGGGUAAUGAAGUGCUGAAGUAUAACUCGAAUAUCUACUGGGCAAAAGACUCGAUCGAGCAGCAAAGGAGCGUGCGCUACAACUAGGAGAUAAUGCAAGGCUUUACGACGGAGCAAGCUGCCAUAGCACAGUUGUAACAAGAUUCUGUAGAUUACAAUUCGAUAGUACUGAUAAGA